GAUAUAUCAAAAUCUGAAAAAACAACAAAAAUCUACGCUCCGUUAAUUCUCUUUUCUCUAGUCUACAUUAUUAUAUCGCUCGCUCUUCCAGGUUGAAAAAAGAAAAGGGAAGACAACUCCAAAAACAAAAAUGGUGAGAGAAGAGGAGAAAUCGAGAUGGUGGUGGUUCGAGAGUCACAAGAGCUCCAAACACUCUCAGUGGCUUCAAUCAACACUCGCUGAGCUUGAUGCCAAGACAAAGGCAAUGUUGAAGCUGAUUGAAGGCAACGCAGACUCUUUUGCGCAGCGUGCUGAGACUUACUACAAGAAACGUCCUGAGCUUAUCUGCUUUCUCGAAGACUUUUAUCGAGCUCACCGUUCCUUAGCCGAGAAGUUUGACCACCUCAAAUCUUCCGACUACGGAUCUCGCUCCUCUAAGUUUCCCCAACAAUCCAUGGACUCCGUUUCUGACAGCAAUUCUCACUUUCAAGAUGCCCAUUCUGAGAUCGCAGACCCUGAAGAUGACGAACUUGACUCUCCCUUUGCUAGUCACAAAGAAGAUGAGACUUGGAAUUUGGAGCAAGAAAGGUCGAAACUCAUCGAAGAGAGUGAUGCUCUGAGGAAACAGCUGCUAGACAAGGACGAAGAGAAGAGAGAGGUCAUCAGACAGCUUUCUCUAACCCUUGAGACCCUCAAAGACGAGAACUUGACCCUCAAGAGACGCCUUGCCCACCAUUCUCUCAAGCGACGCACCUUUUUGGAGUUCAAGCCGCUCGACAAGUUCUUCGGGAAGCUGUUCUACAUUGUGUGCGAUGGCAACAAGGUCGUUUAGCUGGCUCAUCUACCUCAUGAGCUUAGCUUCGCUAGUUUCUGUGUUUGAUUUCACUGUUUAUUAAGACAUAUCCUGUCGUUUCCGUGCUGUAUUAUAACCGGUAAUUAUCCUACUUAACGCUUGCUGUUCUGAUUUGUUCAAUCACAAGAAUCCAGUUUCAGACAA